GAUGCUGCUCUGUAAGGCCUUUGAGUCACAGCUAAGGGCUGUCACGUUGUACCUGAAAUAUUGGAGGAUAAUGUAUUGCUUGAGGCAAAACGAACAGUUGGCCGAUAGGCGAAGCUCUGAAGGGCGAAGGCAACCAGAAGUGGCGUAGGAGAAGUGAAGAGACGUCUAGCAUGAGUAUAAAAGAACAAGAAAAACAAAAGGAUAACCAGCGAAAUAUGGAAAGGAAUGAAUCGGCCAGUAGUAGUCGUUCAACAGCACCACAUCCUUAUGACUCUGCAAACUGGCUUUCUCGAGUAACAUUGCAAUGGAUGAAUACCGUCUUGACACUUGGCAGCAGAAAACCAUUGGAAAAAGAAGACAUUUUUCCUGUUCGCGAAGCAGACAGUAUGGAUAAACUCGUCCAUAAACUUGAAAUUGAAUGGCAACGAGAAGUUAACAGCAGCCAAGCCCUUGGCUGCAAACCUCGUAUGUGGAGAGCAUUAUCCAGAAUGCUCUCAUGGAGGGCUUACAUGAUGAUGUUUAUUCUGAGAUUACUGAGGACUCUUGCCACCGUUUUUCUUCCGAUGCUGUUGUGGUUUUUCUUGUCCGAACUGGAACGGGAACAGCAGGGAUAUUCUGUUUCUACCUUUCUGUUCGUUGGUGGUAUAAUUUUCCUUUCUGUAGUUAAAGGACUGACCAAGAAUCACUACAGUGGAAUAACAGAAAUAUGGGGCAUGCGACUAAAGGUGGCGAGCAUUGGGCUUGUCUACAAAAAGAUUCUAACCGAGCUUAAGCGCUGUGACCUUCAGGAAAUUGUCACAGGGAAGACCAUAAAUCUUGUAUCAAACGAUGCUCAGAAGCUAGAAAAAGUUUUGUGGGGAUUGGUCAAUAUUCUUCUCUGUCCUCUCGAGAUUCUUGGUUCUUGCACAAUUCUUUUGACCUUGAUCGGAUGGAAAGCUCUUGCCGGAGUCUCAGUUUAUUUUAUGUCCAUUUUUUGCUCCGUUGUACUGUCGCAUCAAAGUGGAAAACUACGGCUCAAAAUAGCAGAGGCUAGAGAUAAAAGAUUGCAAGUUAUGAACGAGGUUGUAUAUGGUGUUCGAGCUGUUAAAAUUUACGCCUGGGAAUUGAACUUUGCUGAAAUAAUCAAGCAACUAAGGAGGCGAGAAAUGUGGUUCGUCAAAGUAAGAGGGCUUAUAAUAAGCGGCUUGAACUCCCUGGGUUACACAACAGCGCCAUUGGCCAGUCUGCUGUCUAUAAUAACUUUGAUCGCUACUGGAGAAACGAUUACUGCUUUCGAAAUGUUUACAAUCUUAUCCUGCCUCAAUGUAAUAAAUUUUUCUGUGGCUAUCGCCUUGGCUUACUCGCUGCCCUUUGUUACCGAAAGCUUCAUUGCUGCAAAACGAAUAGAAGAGUUUAUGUCAAGGGAUUUUGGAUUAACAUGUGCCGAGACCAGCGCAAAAAUUACAUUUGGAAAGCAGAAUUGCGGAAAUGGGUUAAUUGGUUUAAGUUUAAAAAGAAAAGAAUGUAGUACAAACGUCGUUAGACAAGAGAGCUUCAAAGCUGGAGAUGCUAAAUUGCUCUCUAUGUCAAGAACACCAACUAAGACAAAUAUUGAAAAGAACGAGCUAUCUCUAGUCCACGUCUCGGCCUCGUGGAACAGACGAGAAGACAGGAGAGCUUUAACGAACAUUUCAUUUUGUGUGAGCCAGGGUGAGAUGUUAGCUGUAACAGGACCAGUUGGAAGUGGAAAGUCCUCUCUGUUGAUGGCCAUUCUUGGAGAGCUACCUGCUAUCAGUGGAAAAGUGACAUUUCGUGGAAGAGUUGCUUACGUUCCACAAAUUCCUUGGGUUUUCUCGGGCACUGUUAGGGACAACAUUUUAUUUGGAAGACCCCUUGACAUAAACCGUUACAACGAGAUUCUUGAUGUUUGCUGUAUGCAACCAGACUUGAAAAACUUCCCCAAAGGAGAUUUGACGGAGAUAGGACACCGUGGUGUGAGCCUUAGUGGUGGUCAGCGGGUACGUGUAAGUUUAGCACGUGCGCUGUACUCGUUUGCUGAUAUAUAUUUGCUGGAUGAUCCUCUCAGUGCAGUGGAUGCCAAAGUUGGAAAGCAUCUCUUUAAUAAUUGCAUUUGUGGAUAUCUCUCAAACCGGACUCGUGUUUUUGUGACUCAUCAGCUAGACUUCUUGACUCACAUACAUGACGUUAUUGUAUUGGACAACGGGGUCAAACGUGAGGAAAGAUAUUGCUUCCUGGACGAAACCUCAAAAAAUUUUAAGUUUGUUUCUCAAACAGAAAGUGCUGAGGUGACAAGCCAAUCUCCGCAUCGAAGCCCACAGCUUCCCAAUGAUGAAGGCCUCGGGUUUCAAGAUUUGAAAGAAGAGGAAGAAGAUCGUAAUACUGGAUCCAUUACUUGGAAGAUAUAUUGGAGCUACAUCAGGACAGCCCUUAGAAUUCCUUUUGUCCUUUGCCUUUUUGUGGCUGUUCUUUGCAUGAAAGGGUUACUCGUUGGUUCUUACUGGUGGGCUUCUCAGGUUUCGGAAAUGAGUCAGGAGCGACAAAGAUCUUUUACGACAUUGGGAAUAUACGGCGCUAUUGUUGGAUCUUCAUUUUUAGGGAACAUAGCUGUUGCAGUCCUUUUUUGUUUCACACUCCUGAAUGCUUCUGAGAUAUUACACAACAGAAUGGUCUUGGCUGUCCUAAAGGUGCCAGCACUGUAUUUUGACAAAACCCCAGUUGGGCGCAUUUUAAAUCGUUUUUCUAAAGACAUCGGCAACAUGGACGAUGUUUUACCUCCUCACUUCCUACUGGCAGUGGAAGUUUCCUUAUUUUCCGUCAGCACUGUUCUUCUUCCAAUUGCAGCCAAUGCCUGGCUUAUUUUAGUGGCGAUCCCUGUUGUCGGAAUUGUAUUAUAUUAUGGACGAUAUUAUUUGAAGUCAUCUCGAGAAAUUAAAAGAUUGGAGGCUAUCACCUGCAGCCCUGUAUAUUCGCACAUUUCAGAGACCAUCGCUGGACUUGAAAUAAUUCGCUCAUCCCAAAUGGAGCAGCGUUUCUUGAAGAGUCUCUUCAGGUACCAGGAUGAAAAUACAUCAGCUUUCAUCAUGGUAAUAACAGGCACACAGUGGCUUACUGUACGCAUGACGCUUGCAUGCAGUCUAAUGAUAGCUGCCGCAGCAAUUGGGGCGGUUCUUGUCACUCAAAGCCCAGCUUUGGCCGGGAUGUCCCUUUCUUUCUUGCUUGAGUCUUUGGAUGAGGUCCAGUAUGGCAUCAAAGUAAGUUCAGACGUUGAGAACCACAUGACUUCAGUUGAGAGAGUAAUGUGGUACACUGCUUUAGAAGCUGAGCCGGGAUAUAGCACAGGAACCUGUCCUCCUGCGUCCUGGCCGCAGCGGGGUGACAUAACAAUCAGCAAGAUGUCCCUAAGGUACACCAAAGGUGGUCCGCAGGUGUUGAAAGACAUCAGCGUGUUCUUUGCUGACAAGGAGAAGAUAGGUAUUGCAGGCAGAACGGGAGCUGGCAAGUCAUCCAUUGUCGCAGCGCUUUUGCGCAUGCCUGAACCGGAAGGAAAGGUGUUGAUUGACGGUGUCGAUAUUAAAACUCUUAACCUUCAGAGAGCGCGACGUGCCAUGGCUGUGAUUGCGCAGGACCCGGUUCUCUUUGGAGGGAGCCUGAGGAGGAACCUCGAUCCAUUUUCAGAGUACACUGAUCUGCAACUUUGGACUGCUCUUGAAGAAGUGCAGUUAAAAACCAUGGUGGAAAAGUUUCCUGGUCAGCUAGAUUACCAGGUGAAGGAAACGGGGUCUAACUUUAGUGUUGGUGAGAGGCAGCUGGUCUGUUUGGCUCGUGCAUUGGUCCAGAAGAGCAAGAUCAUCGUCAUGGACGAGGCCACUGCCAAUGUGGAUUUCAGGACCGACAACCUGAUCCAGAAAGUUAUUCGUGACAAGUUUAAAGACUCCACUGUGCUGACCAUUGCUCAUCGCCUUAACACUAUCAUGGACUGUGACAAGGUGCUGGUUCUUGAUGGCGGACGAGUGGUGGAGUUUGACAAACCUGAAAUUUUGAUACAGAAUGGUGGAAUGUUCGCUGAACUAGUGAAAAAUACCAGUAAGGGGAAACUUUAGUGAAGCCAACGGAAUAAAGCGUAAAAGCCCGAAAUAGCAAUAAUGCCAGUCUUCUCCACAGCUUUUGAACACCAGCUAAUCACAGCUGAACAUACAGCUCUAUAAGGACAGUACUCAGUAUGCAAUGCAAAAGUCGCGAUUUGCAUCAGAAAUUACUUGGUCGUGAGAAAAUUAUCAUUAAUCAUUACUAAUUUCUACAUAUUUUUCUCAAGCUGCUUAUCAUAAGUAUAUGUUUGUGUGAGUGCCAGCUAUUGUGUGCGUUCAUCUUUUUUCCCUUUUGAACCGAAAACAUUUUGUACCUAAAUUACGCCAUAUAACCGUGAUAUCUCACUUAGUAAAAGAUGAGGAGCCUAUCUCCACCCGGUAGUAUAAUGAAAUACCGAUGAAUUUUCACGAAAACCUGACGAAGUAUUUGGUAAUUAACUGCAAUCUUUAGAGUAGGGUUCUCACCUAAAGGAGGCGACAAUUCUCCUUGUUACUUCGUGCCACGAAAUUCAGAAUCAGCUUCGGCCAGACGAGCCACUUGGCUCUAUUACUGACCUUAAACAUUUUUAAACAGUUUCAUUCAGCCAGUUAUUCGCAACAACUUAAAACUUCCAAUGCACUUCACCGUUGCCCAUCGUCUGAACAUCAUCAUGGACAAUAACAAUAUGUUGGUUCGUGACGGUAGGCGAGCGCAUGAUGAGGUUUCUUAAACGUGAAGUGUUAAUACCGAACGGUGGAAUAUUUGCCGAGCUGGUCGAGAAUGUCAAUGAAGCGAAAUCAAGUGGAGUUGGAAAUUAAGGGCUAAAUUGUACAAAACUAAUUGAAUGAAGAAAAGUAACCUUUGAAUAAAGGUGGCGGCCAAAGGGAUGAA